AUGCCGCAAUGUCGAUCCGUCGGUCGGAAUCGAGAACUGUUCGGGAACCAAGCAGAGAUCGCGAUUACUCCGUCGACCGGGAAAAGAGAAGAAGAGAUCGCUCAAAGGAUCCAGAAAGAAAACGACGAGAUAGAAGUGAAACUCGGGAGAAACGUAGAGAGCGAGAAACUUCUGAAGAAAGAAAAGAAAGAAGGAGACGUCGGCGGUCGAAAUCGCGAAAUCGUGAUGCUUCUACUCUGGAUAUUAAUGGUGAAGUUGAACUCGACGAAGAGCGAGAAGAACGGCGAAGAAGAAGACGAGAACGUCGCGAGCGGGAACGUGAAGAACGAGAUCCCGACGAAACAAAAGAGGAACGCAGGGAACGGUAAGAUAAAAUAUUGUGGAAGGCGGAAGCGCUCAGAGUCGAAAUCGCGUCGGACUACGGAUGGCAUGAGCCGCCAAAUGAGCAAAAUGACGCUCAACGACGACGCUGAUGGACUUGACGCUGAAGAAAGAAGAGAAAGACGACGGGAGAAGAAACGCCGCUCUCGCUCAAAGAUCAGAUCAAAGGAUCCGAGCGAGAUCCCCGCUGAUGAUCUCGAAGCGCUCAUCAAAGCGUCUCACCGCGCGCGAGAUCGAUCUACUGAUGGGCAGAUCCGGCGGAAGAAGAAAACACGUGAUCCUUCUACGAAACGGAAUCGAAACCGCCACCACGACCAGAGUACCGAACGUCCUUCUGCGCAAGUUUAA